AUGCCCACGUCGGCAAAGACCAUGCGACCAAACGCAAAGCUCGAAAAUUCCAACUGCCCUCACCUCACAACGCCAACGCACAACCGUCCUCAACAUGCCCACGGUGUCAGGGAACAUGCGGGCACCAGUCGUUCUCGUAGGACAUCUUCGGGUCCAAUGCGCCAACUACCCGACAUCCACUUUGUCUUCCACUCUCGCCUCUGCUACAAAACCUACGACAGCGGCCAUCCCCUUCGUCGCCAAUCACACAGUAGCUGCCCCACCACCAUCAAUCACCCUCAUCACCUCCUCCCCUGCUCUAACCACUGCGUCCAGAACAGCGACAAUCUCCACCAACACCAUGCACCUCUGUACACCGACAUGACAACGUCUGACGUCCCGUCACCUGUUACUGUCACUACCAGCAACCCCGCAUACAGCGAUGUCGACUCGGCCUAUACCUGUCCUCAUUGCUAUUGCACAUUCACCUCAUCCAUCAGCUUGCCCGGUCACUUACGAAUUCGUCGCACUCACUGCCUCCGCACAUCCAGCUACUGCACAUUUAUCAGAACCUGCGCUAGACACCCGCUGGCUACACCACAUCAUCACACCUUUCCCACCAACACCUACACCACAUGUCUUCAUCCCCAAUCGCCUCACAACACCAGCACUCAACUGCUACCUCUCAGCUAA